UGGAACGCUAUGGAGUUUACCCAGUCCCUUCGACACCUGCCAAAAAUACAUCUAGAUGAUGUACAGCGACUUGCAGACAAAUUUUCACUUACAACACGUUCCAAACUUGACAAAGGAUACAAAUUCUUCAUUGAGCAGUACCUGUUUGCGUAUGAAGGUUACAUUUCAUGCUAAAGAGGUUCCUGUGGUACUGAAAUGCAUGUCAUGUACCUGCUCUGCUGGGAAAGCACUGUGCAACCACAUUGUGGCAUUAUUGUUUCAAAGUGCUCACUACUGUACCAUGGGCUUCAAGACAGUGCCAUUGCCACUGUCAUGCACCAGCUCUCUGCAGACCUGGCACCGGCCUAGGACACAUGGAAUUGCUCCUGAGGCAACAAAUGACAUGGUAGUGUGUAAACCAGUACCGAAGUCCAAGGAUCAUGCCCGAACUGGUGUGAAAUGUACACUGUACAGAGCAUAUGGUGGUCCUCUUCCAGAUCCUCACAUCCUUGCCAGUGUUGAGAAACUGCAAGACAAACGCCCACAACCAGGCAUUUGCAAAUUGCUCCACGGGCUUGAGGCCCUUAAUUUUGUGGACUCUAAAUUUGGCCCGGUGCCAUUUGGGUCUUUGCUCUCUUACCAGAGCCCUCCUGAGAUAAGUAGAGACAUUAUUAAACACCCUGGUGCCCCUGGAUUUCCUCAGUUGCCCAUUGAAGGUCACAAUUUUAAAUUUCACAUACAAUUUGAGCCUAACUACAAGCAACAAUGCCACUUAGAGAGACUUAAAGUGUCAAGGGAGAUCUCUGCUGCUAUUGAGGCAGAAACACGACUGCAGUGA